GGCGUCCCCCCUCUGUAUUAAAGAAGAAAAUCAGGAAAAUCAGUUGGGAAAGAAAGGCAGAAACACAGCCACAUUAGUGCGAGGUCGCCCUGAAGAGAGAUUACAGCGCCUUGUCUGCGGGCGGAUCACUCGGACUCAAUCUAACGUGCAUGCUCACUGUUUCUGCUCUCGUGCGCGCGCGCGUGUGUGUGUUUACAAGUGUUUGAACGAGUGCCAGAAACGAGGGAAGAAGAAGGAGGAUAAAGCCAAGCAAGGAGGGAUGGUGGACAAUUCAGGCAGCAGUAAGGCACAAAUGCCCAGUAUGUCUCAGGAGCCUGGUGUGGCCUUUCCUCAGAGCACCUCUACAGGGGGGAUGAAGCUGGAGGCAGUAAUGGAGCAGCUCCAGCGCCAGCAGCAGGCCCGACUGGAAAUGGAACGCAAGGAGAGGAAGCUGCGAGAGGCCCACAUCAUGUAUGCUCAGCAAGUUGCCGCCCAACAGGCCAUCCUGGCGGCCGCCCGGGCCUCUGGGGCCAGCUUCAUGGGCAAAGGCCUACCUGUAGGGGUACCAGGUGGCGGGCUUCCCCCACGGAUGUCCAAUCAGAGCAGUGUGGACUCAGAGAGAGAGGAUGAUGAGGACAGGGGCCGGGAUUCUGGGGAUGAUGAUGACGACAAUGAGAUGAUGGAGGGGGACGAGGGCAGUGAUGAAGAUGAGGGAAGUGCCAGUGGUCUGGAGUUCCUCCGUAAGCAGACCCUCGCUUUGCAGCAGAGCGCCUCCCGCAUCCCGGCCCGUCCAUACGGCAGUUACUCUGCAUCAGCCCCCCAGAGGGCUGCAUCCCCACCUAUCAGAGUGAAGCAGGAACCAGAUGAGGGUCUCUCUCCUGCAGGGCCUCACUCUGCUACCUCUCCUAACGGCCAGGCCGACUGGGGCUUUGAUGAUCACUUCAGACAGAACGGGACUGCAGGCUGGGCUGACGAGGCUGACAGCAGCAGAGGAAGAGGAGAGGCCUCAAGAGACUUUGCUAAACUAUAUGAACUGGAUAAUGACCCAAAAAGGAAGGAGUUUUUGGAUGACCUUUUCACCUUCAUGCAAAAAAGAGGAACCCCAGUCAAUCGUAUCCCCAUCAUGGCCAAGCAGGUCCUGGAUCUGUACAUGCUGUACAAACUGGUGACUGAGAAGGGAGGCCUGGUAGAGGUUAUCAACAAGAAGAUCUGGAGAGAAAUCACAAAGGGACUAAACCUGCCUACCUCCAUCACCAGUGCAGCUUUCACUCUUCGCACACAGUACAUGAAAUACCUGUACCCAUAUGAGUGCGAGAGGAAGGGCCUCAGUUCCCCCAGUGAGCUUCAGGCCGCCAUCGACAGUAACCGUCGUGAAGGUCGUCGUCCGAGCUACAGCAGCAGCCUCUUCCGCUUCUCUCCCUCUCCCAGCACUGCUCCCCACAUCCUCUCACCUCCCAAGAUGCACCUCUCAGCUCUGGGAGCUGGAGCUACAGCGGCCCUCAAUGGGCUGCAGGCCUCACCUGGACCCUCUCUGAAGAAAGAUGACCUGACCCCCACCAUCAUGGCAGCCAGACCCUCCAUGGCACUGGCUCUGGGUCAGCAGCAGGUUGCUGGUUUGGCCAGAGCCGCCACUUUGGAGCAGCUGAGGGAAAAACUGGAGACCGGCGGAGAAGGACCAGAGAGGAAGAUGGCCCGCCUGGCAGAGGAACAGCAGCGUCUGAUGCAGCAGGCUUUUCAGCAUAAUCUUCUCGCCAUGGCCUCCCAGAUGCCCAUGAACCUGCGCCUCGGAGCCCCCACCAUCGCCACCAGAGAAGAGAAGCAGCAGGACAUGUCUCUGAGCAUCUCUACCAAUGGAAAUGCCAGCAUCACCGUCUCUGUGGAGGUCAAUGGCACAAUUUACUCAGGAACUCUGUUUGCUCAGAAGUCUGGAGGGGCCCCGGGGCCCGCUGUGUCGGCUGCUGCUGCCUCAGCCUCCCCGGCUGGAACCAGCACUAGCUUUGGCUUCUCCGCACCCCUGGCUCAGACCCUCAGCCCCUCGUCCUCCGCCUCCUCCAAGGGUCCCAGCCCGGCCGAGGCAGCCCCCAGCGGGUCCCCCUAACUCAGGCGGCCCUCUGUACCUGCUCCUUGGGCUUCUCUUCCACCGGGUGGCCCCGCUAGAAAAACACCGUACAAUGAGAAACCGCUACGAAAAACAAACUGUUGCACAACAAAUACCUCAUCAACCCUGUCGACCUCUUGGCUGUCCAAUCAUGAACACAGAGCCCGAGAAUCUUCUACCACAACACGUGCCCAAAACGCACAGCUAUGCAUUAAAUCAACACACAGACACGCUACACUAAAAACACACAACGACACACACUCUUAUUAAUCAUGAUGAACAUGCUAAACACAAUCAGCUCAGCCAAAACCCACUGACAGGCGUAGUCACAACUGAACUUGAAAAGUUUUAUCUUAGGACAUUUUGUUUGUUUGUUGCCAUUUUGUUGUCUUUUUGAUUUUGUGUUUUAGAAUGAUUUUAUUUUUAGUUUUUCUCUUUUUACAUACCUCAAAUCAAGUAACCUGCAGUGGUGUCUUUACCUCAGGAGCUGUAGUAUAUUUAACCUGAAUCAACUUUAUUUUUGUAUUCUUUUUGACCUAGUUGCAAUCAGGGGAAGUCGGGUAACUCUCACCAGUGGAACCUCAUGUACAGAGUAGUGAAAGGCCUUUUGACCAGGGCUGCUCACGUUUCUUUUUAACCCAGUAGACUCUUUCUGAUGCUGUGGAUCAGCACAUAAAAUACCUGAUUUCAUAACUACAACCUUUGUUCAGAUCAUGUGAAGUCCAUUAGAGUGAUAGGAGGGUUAAUGAUGUACAAACCUCCUGAUAUGGACGUGAUUUCAACAAACUCAUUAAUGCACACGAUGUCCUGAAAUUUAACUUAUUGCUGGUCCGCACAAGCUGUCCAUAAACAUGUAGCGCACAAAGUCGGAGGUAGUGCAGAAUCAGGUGCAGUGCAUAGCUCUCAGACCUCAUAGCGGCCUCUCUGCUUCAGGGGGCGUCUCUCCUUCCCGCUCUUUCUUUCUCAGGAAACAGCUGCAAAGAAUCACUGUUAAUGUAAAGGAAACAAAAGGAGUCUCACCUGAAGAAUGCACAAGUCUACAUGACUGUUCAGAGUACCUCAUCGGCCUCUCCGUAGAGGAGAGCGACACUACAUACCUCAAAUGGCUGCAAAGCCAUCAAGACUUGACGCCCUGACCCGCGGUGGAACUCCUCCCUGAACUGGAACUGAACACACCGACUCAGCGCUGGUGAUUUUUGAGGGCAAACAGAACUAGGACGGGCUUAUUCGCUCUCUCU